GCGGGCGGCGGGGUGCGAGUGUCAGUGUGCGAGGCUCUGCCGUGGUGGGUUGAUGUGUCACUCGUGCGCUCCGCUGGUUCCUCCUCCACUCUCCCACUUCACUGUGCUGACCAGUAUUGCUUCUUCUUCUUGCGGGGGAAUCGGUUGCCUCUUGUGAUUUUUCUUCAAGUAAACUUAAUUUAUUCAAGACUUGCUGCUGCUACCCACCUCCAAACCCCCCCUUUUUUUUCCUCUUUGUUAAAAAGUGGUGAAUGAAUAAAAGGUAAUCAAGAGAGAGGGGGGAGGAGGAAGGAGGUGUUGUUCCACGUUUUAAAGUGUUUUAAUAAAGGGUCGGCGGCGCGAGUGUGGGAAUAUCGGCAGCGUCUCGGCGUGGAGUGGUGGUUUGACAGCUGUUAUCAAGAAGUUUUUGGGAUUAGCGGCGGCUCCUUGAGCAGCUACGGAAGUGUUGAGCUGAAAAUGGGAAGCCUCAUAGAGACGGUGGUGGACGGGUAUCACGACCUCUUUACAAACAGGAGAGAUGCUCGUGUGGAUGGUUGGUUAUUCAUGGACUCGCCAUGGCCCACAUUCUUCAUCUGCGUCAGCUACGUGUUAAUUGUGAAAGUGAUAGGCCCACAAUACAUGACAAACCGACCCCCAUUCCAGCUACGAAAUAUACUUGUAGCUUACAACGCCUUCCAAGUGGUCUUUUCUGCAUGGAUAUUUUAUGAGUUUGGCAUGGGCGGAUGGUUCCGUGGGUACUCCUACCGUUGCCAGCCAGUCGACUACUCCCAAAAUCCCAUGGCCAUCAGGAUGACUCACGCAUCAUGGUGGUACUACUUCUCCAAGUUCACCGAGUUCUUUGACACUUUUUUCUUUGUGCUGCAUAAGAAAUUUGAGCAUGUGUCAACUCUUCAUGUUAUCCAUCAUGGCUGUAUGCCCAUGAGUGUGUGGUUUGGCGUCAAAUUUACUCCAGGUGGCCAUAGUACAUUCUUUGGCUUGAUCAACAGUUUUGUACACAUUGUCAUGUAUGCAUACUACAUGCUGGCUGCUAUGGGUCCCCGCUACCGACGUUACAUCUGGUGGAAGAAGUACUUGACCAACUUCCAGAUGGUUCAGUUCAUUAUGAUCUUCAGUCAUGCUUUCCAGCUUUGCUUCACAGAGUGUAAAUAUCCUCGUGCCUUCAUGUGGUGGAUUGGUGGACAUGCUGUGAUGUUCUUCUUCCUUUUCUCAAAUUUCUAUGUCAAAGCCUACUUUAAGGGAGCAGCAAAGGCUAAGGAAUACGCCAAUGGGUUCUCAAGAUUCUCAUCGUACAAUGGCUAUGCCAAUGGAAACAUCUCAAAUGGUACCACUAAACUCUUAAAUGGCCAUGCCAACGGCCAUGCCAAUGGCCAUGCCAAUGGCCAUGCCAACGGCCACGCCAAUGGACAUGCCAACGGCCACGCCAAUGGACAUGCCAAUGGCCACGCCAAUGGACAUGCUAACGGCCAUGCCAAUGGCCAUGCCAAUGGCCACGCCAAUGGCCAAUGGAGUUCAUUCAGAAGAAAAUAAUGGUUACGUUCCCCAAGCACCUGCUUCACCAUCAUUUUCCACCAGAGCUCGACGACUAAUGUGUAUGAAUGUAGACGCAGCGAUGGACUGAGCCCUCUUUACCCCUGCUACCUCACACUUCAAGUCAGUCCCUCACCAGCAUCUGUGUCUCACCCAUUUAUAAGAGCUUUCAAUCCCCAGUGUGUUAAUGUAGAGCAUCGUGGAUGUGACAGUUUGGUGUCGGUGAUUGAGCUGUCAUCUGCAGCAGUGCGCGCGUAAGAUAGAGCAGGCAUAAUCAUUAUUCCUGAUUAAUGACUAUAAUCUUGGGUCUUGUACCAUGAGGUUGACUUGUUCAAGUUUUCAGGUAAUAUUUUAUCUCUAAGGAUGCUCGUGGCAAUAACAUUAUUGACAGUAACACAAGUUCGAAGAUACCAUAGAACGUUCAAGCUUUACAGUACAAUAUUUUAGUGAUUUUUGGGAGUACAGUGCUGAGAGAAAAUUGAUGGUCCCUAGUAGUUUGUCAGAAUUAUAUUUAAAUAAAAUUGUCUUCAAUAUCUGUAUUGGAAUUAUAAUAGAAAUGGUUGGAUAUGUAAUUGAGUACUAAAUCUACUGUGUAAAUUUAGUUGAUAUAUAAUUAGAAAGAAAGCUCUGACAUUUUUCAACUGUAACUGUUAAAUGCUGACAGGAAUUGUUGGUUUAUGAUGUAAAUUUACAGAUGGAUCUUUUUUACAAGUAAUUUGUGGCAUAGUAUGUAUGGAAAUAUUAUAGAACUAUUAAUUAAAAUUAGUUGGUUAUUUGCAUUGUUUCUGAUCUUUAACUGCUAUAAAUUCUAUAUUGAUCAUUGCCAGUCUUGCUCAUGUUAUAGAAAGAUAACAGGCAGUUGCUUAUUGUUAGCUUAACAGCUGAAGGCUUUGUAAGACGCACAUUAUGGUACAUGGGGGAAGAACAUAAUACAGGUGUACUCACUGCAGCUAUUGUUCAUGACAGUGUAAGCAAGAGUGGAAUGGCUGCAUUAAUUGAGGAUAUUUGAUGGGAUUAAUAUGCAACACUUCAUCAUGCUAAGCCAUUCAUGGUCUGUGGUGCCUUUUUUUCAUAGUCCCAGGAGUGUGUUUCAUGACAUUCUACAAAUGUUUUCACCGUCUAAAUUUUAUUCGGGGGAAAUUCAGAAAAUAGUAAUAUUUCCUAUAAAUGUUCUUGUUCAAAUUAUGGACUAGGUCUUCGUGUAAUGUGAUACACAUGAUUGAUAACUAUUUUUCAGUCGUGAGAUAAGUACUAUAUGGAGUCCUUUCAGCUUCAGUAUGUUAUUUGGUGUUUAGCUUAGCAUUGGAAAUAAGCUACAAUUUGUUAUUUUCAAAAUAAAUGUAUUUUAAAUAUGCUGUGGAAACAAACUAAAUAAUACUUCAGUUAAUCGAAAUAAUGGAAUAAAACUAAUGUAAAAUUUGCUAAUACUGUAUGACCAAUCACAUUCUUCUAAUAAUUGUGUGUCUUCUGUUACAGAAAUUGACAAUGAUGAAUUGUGGAAUGUGGUCUUGGAAACAUAAUAAACACAUUGUAAAUUGUGCCUUAGAUCAGUUGCAGAAAUUUAUUAAAAGUUUGUUGGUAAAGGAAUGACAGUUUGGAAUAAAUUUGAAGACUAUGUAUAAGCAGUUUUUUCAUCUUCAUUCCUUUAAGUCUAGACAAGUGUAGUUGUGUGUUGUUGCAUUUUGCAAAAAAUUAAAGUAGUGUUGCACACUAAUUUGGUAUUUAAACUCUCAAAGCUUAAUUAUAUCCAUUUAUAAAUAUUUUUUUAUAUAUUUUUUUAAUGCUGGUUCUGCAUUUUCAGAAAAAAAACCAAUGUAUUGAGGAAAAGUUUCAUAAGAGAACAAGCCAAAAUCAGUCAGGAAUGUUUUAUAUUUCCCUGCACAAAAUUCUAUAUACGUCAUACAUAUAUGUACUGGUAUACUGUAUGGACAAAUGCCAUUCUUAAUAUUUAUUGUAAUGUCUGUUGUAUUAUCAAAGUGUAGGUAAAACUUGGUGUGACAGUAAUUUUAAUGACUGAAAUUUUAGAUAAAAAAAUCAAAACAAAAAACAUGCUGAACUUGUUUUCCCAACGGUAACAUUGGUUCUCUCCCAACAUGUUUUUAAUACCCGACAGUUGUUCGUGCAUCAUAAAAACAUUUCAAAGAAUCCUUGUAAUAAGUGUGAGAGAAUUUGUGGAAUGCCCUGUGAUUUUUAUUUUCUAAUUUUAUAAAGUGCUCAUUAAUUUAUCCUCUUUAAAUAAUACUGGAUACGAGUAAUUAAUUAAUUACCAUUUUAAAAUAGUUGUUAAAUUCUUCAGAAAGGUCAUGCAUUUGUAGUGACUAAUUAGUUUCUCAUACUUAAUGUACUAUAUUAAAUUAACUGUUGAGUUGCAGAUUUGGAGUAUUCUUGUGAUGGCAAAUUUGUUACACCUCUAGUUUCUUUGCAUGCUAGUGCUUUUUCUAUCUUUUGUUAUUAAAUUGUCAGAUAGAUCACAGUGCAAAGACGCUAAAGUUGUUCUCGUAUCAUAUUAGUUAAGGCCUGAUCAGAGCAGAUCAAGAUGUGCAAGUUGAUGUUUUAGUUUAACUUUAUACUGUUCUGUAUUAUCAUAAAGUGAUUGACAUGCAUAAGUGUUAUUAAAGUGGUAAGUGAAUGUUUUGCAAAAUAAUUUGUAUGUCAAACAUGUUCAUGUUUUGUAAA